CUUUCUCCAAGUCCUCUCCAAUCCCCAUGGACGACUCCUCCUCCUCCUCGGGCGAGGCCGUAAUGGCCGCCCUCCUCCGCCUCCCCGCGCGCGCCUUCUCGGAUCUCACCCGCGCCCUCGCCGCCGAUCUUCGCCUCCAGCGACGCCGCCUCUCGCUCCUUCUCCUCUCCCCCCUCCACUUCUCUCGCGCCCUCGCCCACCUCCACUCCCUCUCCCUUCCCGAAAAGACCCUCCUCCUCGCUCGCCUCCUCCUCCGCCACCUCCACUCCCUCCUCCCCUCCCUCUCCGGCACCGCAGCAGCCGCCGCCGCCCACAGCCUACGCCUCCAGGACCUCGACGCCGCCCUCCUCCUCCUGGCCAUGUGCGACGCCUACGACUCCGACCGCCCCCACGCCGACUGGCACACGAGGAUAGCCGGGCACGCCGUCGCCGCCGCGCUGAGCCCGGCAGGGCUCGGGGCGGGUGGGUGGGCGGUCCUCGGUCACUACGUCGACGCCGCGGCCAAAUGCCGGCGGUUGUUCGAGGUGGUGUCGGGGGAGGGGGGAAAGGUGGGGGUGGAGGUGGCGGCGGCGGUUGCA